AUGUCAACUACAACAUCAACAAUGACGACGUCAACAAGUAAUAGCAUCUAUCAAAGGAUAGAUAGCUACUUGGUUCGUCUACACUCAUUCGUACCUGGAAGCAACAAUAAUAAUAACAACAAUAACAACAAUGGAUCAUCUUCAACUUCAAAUCCAGCUGCUGCCGCUGCUGCCGCAGCCGCAGCAAGUUCGAUAAACAGUGUUUACUCGGCGAUUGACAAGGAGGGCAUGCUUGUGGACGAGCUAUCCAACAUCGUCUUGAAGGAGCUGGCCGACGACGAGGUGGGUGUGGCCGCAUCAUUGCUCUUCUACGGCGAGCACAACCUGUUACGAUAUCUCGACAAGACCGCACUGCUCAACACCAAAGACAUGGUCAAGAUCAAGUGCGCCGUACUGAUCCUUGUGGGCCAACUGAUAAAGUCCUUCAAACAAAAGGUGCGCGACUAUAUUGUGGCCAUCAAGAACACCUGUCUAUCACUGUUCCGUCGCGACCAGUCCCCCACCGUCCAAGCACAGACCUUUGCCCCCAUCCAGAAGUUGGUCCUUAUGCUACGCGACAUCAACGCCGAGUCCUUUGGUGCUCGUGAGAUGGCUGACUUGUUCUUACUCCAGUUCACUUGUGGCAAGCUCACUCAAACAGUCAAGGGCGAGAUUCUCGAGACACUGGGCCUGUUCGCCCAGCACUUCCCAGCUGUGAUGUGCGACAAGAACAUUCAAUUGCAAUCAAUCUAUCUCGAGACAUUGGGCAGCCAACUCAAGGCAAAGACACCUGAGACCAUACUGAUCAAGGCAUCUCUUCGUGGCCUCGACUGCUUCCUUGUUAACUACUCUGGCGACUUCAUAUCGGCAUCGCCCAAGAACGUGUCUCUCCUGUAUCAAUAUGUAUAUACCUGUCUGAAUCCCGACUCGUCCAGCCAGCGCUUCGACAUUCCACGCGCUGCCAUGCUUCUCAUGCAGAACCACACGCCACUGCUCAAGCAGUAUCUCACCGAGCAGAGCGAACAAGUCUACACGCGACUCGAACAGUGGUGCAAGCAUGCCAACAAGAAGACCCGCGACAUUGCCUUCCAAUGCAUCGACUCCUUCCUCUCACAGGUGGCCCAGGAGCUAACCUCUGGCAAUCGUAGUGUUGAGAAUGAUCAGAUCACAUUCAAGUACUUCAUCCGCAAGUUCUACUCUAUCUUUGAGAACACGAACAGCACGCCACAUGACAUAUCGAUUGCCAUUCGAGGAUGUGGACGUUUCGCGCUUCCAGUCAAGACGUUCAUUGGCGAGUGGGAACUCAAGUCCCUUCUAGGAUCACUCUUCAAGUUCUCAGAGAAGCUCAUGAUAAUAAAGUUGGAGAACAUCGAAGAGAUAGUGAUGCACCUCUCGAGCUUCAUCAAUGCCUUCUCAAACAUUCUGUUCGAGCUCAAUGACAUUGAGUUCUGGUAUCUGGAUCAUCUGGAACAGGUACUGUCCACCUACUUUAUCAUCUUUCCAUAUUUGUUCGCGGCGCAACAUGAUCGUUACUUUAGUGCCGUCAACAGAUUGCUCUUCUCACUAUACCAUCGCCAGGAGUUCCUCAAGACUUUGUUGGGCAGGAUUGUACGUCAGGGCCUGAUCAUCACUUUCUCACGUCCAAGUGAGUCGCUCAUCAACCAUCUGAACACUGGCGAUACGCCUUGGUACGAGGUCUACUCCAAGGUUUGGUACCAUCUCCUGCAUCCCAGACAACACGACUUUAGCCGUGCAGCCAUUCACCAGCAGAAGCAGGCACAGGGCGAGGCCGCCCAAACACUCGUCAACAAAGAGGACUUCACCAAGCUGAUAUACAACGAGAUCAUCCAGACAAUCAUUGGUUUCAUCCAGAAGUUGGACCUAAGCUACUCAUCAAACGAUAAGGAUCAGGAUGAAAAGGACGACAAGGACGACAAGGACGAGGACAAGAACAAAGAUCAGGACAAGGACAAGGACGAGGACGAGCAAGAGGACCAGGAGGAUGUGAACAUGGACGGCGACCUCACGUCUUUAUCCGCGCCUGAGCUUGUUUUGAAGCCAACGACGCCAAAGGACAUUGAGCUGUUCUUGAACAUGGUAGAGUUCUGCAAGACAUUCCUCGCGCACAAUCAUACAGAGCUGCUCACUCAGUGGAUAUACAUCUUUGGAAGAGAGAUCAUAUUUGCUUCGCGCAAGUAUCCUCUGAUCAGUGGCUUCUACAAGUUGUUGCGAGUACUGAUGAAGGUUUCGCGCAAGCUGGACUACUUCUCAUUCAUCGACAGCGACUCUGCCGCGACACACACCAAUGGCGACGCGAUGGAGGUCACGUACGUGGGCGAUCAGAUUGAGAACAAGCGCCAAUGCUUCGUAAUAUUCUCCAAGUUCAUCAAGGAGGUGCAGGCUUGCGCCGUGCAGUUCAAGGACGAGCUGCUGGCCGCCGUUGUGCAACUGUUGCUCUCCGUGCCAAAGCAGUUGGUCGAAAUCAAACAGCUCAUCCCAACCCUGAACACAGCCUUCAAGCUCGGUCUCUCCUAUCUCAAGCUUGGCCACGUCGGUCUCAAUGCGAUUGAGUACUGGCUGCGUAUCCUACCAACACAGGUCAACGAGCACCUUGGCGAAAUACUCCCAUCACUCUCUGACUACUUGCUCAUCUCGACGGCGUCCACAUCUGUCGUCUCUGGCCAAGAUGCACCUGCCGACCGUUCCAUCGACCCGUCAUUCUCGCGUCUGCCCACCCUGAGCAAGAGGCGAUUCGGUCCAGCGAGUGCCACAACCAACGUGCAGCAGACUCUGCAGCACAAGACCGAGGUCGAGGAGCUGCAGACCAGGAUAGUUAGACUGCUCGGAAAGAUCGGUGGAAUGAAUAUCAACUUGAUGGGAAACGUCAAUCUGAUGGCCCCAGGUACAGAGAGUGGAGUCAGCUGGGACACAACACAGCGCAUUCAAUUGGCCAUCCCCCUGGGCGAUCUUCACGGCAUAUCGAUCUACUUUGACAGCAUACUACCAAUGGUCGUGUCAUUGGCCACACGCGCCACACGUCGCCAGACCAAGGUUGUGGCGUGCGAGCUUCUCCAUUCCAUCGUUCUGUACAUGGUCGGUUCGAACUCCUCGGCUGCUGGUGCUGGUGGAGCGGGUGCCUUCCACAAACUAUACAGACGUGUAUUCCCCGCGCUCCUGCAGCUGGCAGUCGACGUCGAAGUCGUUGCACGCCAACUGUUCGCACCGCUCACCAUGCAGCUUGUUCAUUGGUUCACCAAGAAUGUUCGUGCAGAGAGUGACGAGACAAUGGUCCUGCUCAACUCGAUUGUGGAAGCUGUUGGAGGUGGAUCGGACAAUGAAGGCGCACUUCGCGAGUUCGCGUCAAAGGUGCUUGGUGAGUUUGCAUCGUGGUCACAGAAGCACGCACCGGCCAACACAAAGAACGUCAACGACACUCGCUCCUCAUUCAACUUCAAGUCACUACUCAAACGUGUCUACUCUUUGGCCAACCAUCCCAGCUCACACUCACGACUUGGUGCCGCAUCGGCACUGCUCUCACUCAUGCGAGUGCUUCGCGAGGACGACACCCUCGUUGGCGCAUUCACCCUAGAGAUCGCCCACAACAUAAUGAUCGCACUGCGCAUUGGCGCUGCCGACGAGGAGACAUCCGACAACGAAGUUUCAAUCAAGUUUGAACAGGUGAUCGACGGUCUAGUUCGCGUGAUCUCGCGUAAAGCUGACCUUCUCAAUCGCAACUCAACGGUCCGUCGCGAGCACCCUGAUCUAGCACACUUUGUCACUUGGCUGUUCACAGACUGCUGCAAUCGUGUGGAGAAACGCGUUCGCUACGUGGCCAUGUCACUGUUCUCCAAGCUGGUGAUUCACCUGCCAGGCUCCCGCAAGUCCGCCGUCACAUGGGUACAGGCACGCACCAAAACCAGUGGCAUCGCCAGUCUCGUGGCCGUUGCCGAGCCCACCACACUUGCCGCGCCCAAGCUAACAUCGAGUGCGGCCAACAUCAAAGAGGUCGAGUUCUGGUUCAAGAAGCUGCAGGCCAGCCUCUCCGUGUACAUUUGGUUCUUGGGCGAGGGCUUCAUCGAUCCUAGCGUCUUCCAGAACACAAAGGAUGGCAGCCGACUGCUCACCACUUCAUUCUUUGUGUUUGUCUCAGAGUACGCUGCCAUUGACUCGUCACAUCCAGCACUGGCCACCCUCACUGCACGUGAACACGACCAAUUCUUUGCGCUAAAGUGCGCGACUCUGACCCAUGUCUUUGCACUCUUCACCCUACUGUUGGAGCGCUUCAAGUUCACCGGAGUAAUGGACUAUGGUGGAGUGCCCUUUGUCCGUGUUGUCACUCAAUGCAUCCUGACCCCACGCCCACUGGGCUUCACAGACAUGGCCGAACGACACUCUACAGGCACUGGCAACGCAACUGGAUUGCGCGUCGAAGAGCCCAAACUGCUGGACAUUGUUGGAAAGGUGUGCACGGCAUUGAUUGAGCAGGGCGACAAGUACACUCAGACACUUGUCGAGUUCCUGGCCGACCUCGUCAAGAAGUCCAACAACUUGGACAACAUUGACGAGUUGAUCAAGGAGGAGGGAACGGACAGCAUCAUCCAACUCGUUCACGGAUAUCGUCUCCUACAUGAGAAGCAACUCCUGGAGACCGUGCUGGCACAGGCUGGUGGUCGCCACCUUCCAGACCUCUGUCAAUUCCUCUUGGACUACCUCUUUGAGCAUUUGAACGACAUCACACCAUCAAAGCUUGUGGUCUACAAGGAAGUCCUAUCCUUCAUUCUCUCAACUGGACUCAUUCGUCCACCCAAGCUGUUGGUAUACAUCAUGCCUCCCAUCACAUCCCUUGGAGCAUCAACCAAUAGUACCGCCACCACCACAACAACGACAACGACAACUACAACAACAUCGACUACAAGUGACAACAAUAAUAAUACCAACAAACAAGCGAUCCAGAGCAUAUUCUACAAGACAUACUAUUUGGAGAUUGUCAAUCAUGUUGCCACUCACUUUGAAUCAUUCGCACAGUUACUCAUCGACCGUUUGAACCAGAGCAAGCACAUUGAUGACAUCCUCAACGAUGUCUGUCUCUACAAGCAACUGACCCAGUUCCAAGGCAACUUUCCAGCUCGUCGCAAGGACAUGCAGACAAUCAUGGUACCAUUCCUCAAGAAGAUUCAAACAUACUUGCUCAAAGAUGACUUGAAGACACAUGACAAGGAGGCAGUGAUUGAGUUGACAAAGAACUUGGUCAAUAUUGAUGUCGCGACAUUCUUCGAGACGACUGAGGGCUAUGACUUUGUUUACACUCUUUUGGUGAAUAACCUGACGAGGACAAAUGCUUUGGCCUUCAAGAACAAGGUGCUCAAGCUGUUGCCCUACAUCUUAUCAUUCCCCAAGCAUCACAACUUUGCCACAAUCAGGGAGAAGCUGAACGACAUUGUCGUGCUGGACUUCCCCCGCGUGUCCAAGGACCUGACCAAAGGCUCGCCACUCUACAACGAGUACAUCUCCACCAUUGAGACACUGCUCGACACGCUCGAGUACACUGCCAACCCUCUGAUCAUCGACACUCUGCUCCAAGUGCUCAAGGAGCGCGAUCACAGCCACAUCGCCCACAUCAGUCAGGCGAUCACACGAUUCAUCGCCAAGACAACCGACGAGCAGGCCAAGGAGAUCUUCACCUACUGUUUCUCCAUCUUUAUGAACAACGACUACAGCCAAUUUGUCGAGCUCAAGAUCACAAUGGUCGAUAGAUUCUGCGUGCCACUCAUUUAUCACAUGAGCCAAGCGGUCCUCGUGCAGCUGUUCACGCAGAACUUGAAGGCGCUGAUGUCUAGCAUCGCCCCAUCCGUCUCGGUAAACGCAGUCGAGCGCAAAGAGCUGCUCGUCAAGAAAAUCUGUUGCUUCCAUCUGAUCGAAGCACUCUUUGCCGCACUUCCCUCGAGCACCAUUCGUGACCAAGUCAACAGGUACUACUCGGAGAAGGAUACGACGGGCACCGAGCUGACCAAGGCCGUCAUGAAGGCCGCUCACUAUGCUCGCUCAGAGAGGUUAGCCAUCGACGAGCAUUAUGUCACUCGCGAGCUUGCCACACGCUAUCAUGGCUCGGCCUACAGCGCUUUGGCCAAGGUCGUGAUGAGCACACAGACCAAGGAAACCUUCUUCCACGUCUUCCUUUUCAAAGAGAACAAAGAGAAGAAUGAGUACCUUUGGGACAACAUCGUGGACGUGGAGCUCGCCUUCAACUUUGAGCCCGAGACCAAUUUCCAGCUGUCUGGCGAACUCUAUGCCGCCACCCACGCCAGGAACGACCUCAAGUACCUCUCCAGCCAUGGACGAGAUGCCAAAAUGGAUGAACGAGAUAUCAUUGUCAAUCGUCCACAAUACUUUGAACGAUAUCAUCGUCAAUGGAUACCAGUGCUCAUCGACUACUGUGUCUCUGAACACACUGGAGGUCCUGGUCUCCACUACUUCAUGCGUGAUGUCCUCAUGGUCCUCCUACGCUGGCCCAACAUCUAUACAUCUGAGUCCAAGUUGGAUACCCUAACUGUCUCCAACAUCACCAAGCUCAUGAACUACCUAUUCAAGCACGCAUACAAUGCGAACAGAAUGAUACUUAGGAACAACUUGAACAUUGUCAAACUGUUGGUCGAGCGAUGGAAGGGAAUAUUUGUGAUUGACAAGAAGAUCAUCGUGGAGUUGAUAUCGACUCCACUCACAAACUACAAGAGCAAGGCUCGCCAGAUGCGCACUUCUGGACUGGUACUGCUCUCCAUUCUGCUGAGCAAUGGCAUGCCCGCAUACGACAAGGAGCAUGACACUGACAUCUCAGAGUUCAAGUUCUACCAGCUGCUGCUGGACUCGCUCACCGAGUACAAGGAGCUGUACGACGCCACGUCCGAGAUCUGUGGCAUGAUCAUGCAUUUCAACCAACAGCAUCGCAUCGAGACCGUGUUUGAGAAGCUGGUCAAGGAGAAAAUCAUGGUGUUCCUCAACAACAACGACUAUGCACGCGCGCUCAACUGUCUGUACUUCAUCGGCUUGCUUCACCGCGUGUUUGUCCAUCAGUUCCAGCUCAAGAUCCUCAACAUCCUCGUGCAGCUGUCGAACGAGGUGCGUCUCGUGGCCUUCAACAUCAUCUCGUGGAUGGCGGACGACAUCCCCGACCUGUUUAUCAAGCUCAAGUCCAGCAAUCUGGAGAGUCUGAUCAGGAUUCGUGAGGAGCAGACUCAGCUCAUCAUCCUGCGCAUCCUGUUCAAGCUGCUCAAGAACUCAGAUACGCCAAAGGCCGUCGCCACACAGAUCACCAACAUCAUCCUGGACAGCAACUUUGCCAGCAACCCCAACGAGUCAUGUCGCUCGCUCUUCUACGACAUCUUCAUGUGGCUGCACGACAAUCCUGUGGCUGGCGCAGGCGAUGGCGACGACAAGGUGCGCCUCACGCUGCUCGUGGGUCUUUCGGACGAGUCGGACACCAUCAACAAGAAGCUUCUCGAGUUCUGGGACACGAACAAAGAACUUUCGCUGUCGACGAUAACGCGUCUCAUUCAGCUGUUUGACAAGAUGUACGCCAACGAGACGCAAUCACAGUGGCUGGGCUACAGCUGCAGUCUGCUGCUCCAGCUCUGCACACGCUCAGCCGACUUCACCAAGCUGCUCUUCGACAAACCAUUGAGCGAGUGUACGUUCAAGGAGUUUGUGCUGGACUCGUCAUGGCAAAACAGGACUUCCAACAUGAAUCCACUGUUCAGCUCGUCGCAGCUGGAUGACGAUGCGAGCCAGGCUGCCCUUAGCGACUUGCAGGGCGACCAUCCUAUGGGCGUGCGCGCCACUCAGAUCCCGCAGUUCACUCUCACACAGUCCUCAGCCUUCAGCCAGUUCUACCCUUCAGGUUCACUGUCACAGGAGUUCAGCAUUGGCACGGCAUCAGAUAGUCAGUCAUCGGCAUCAUCCUCACAAAGGACAUCACAGGGCAAGGGCAAGGGCAAGGAUGCCGGAGACAGCAAGGCCUCAUUCAAGGUGCCACAGUCAUUGGACCCUCGCGCAGUUGAACUCCGAAACAGGUUCAAGAAACAAGAUACGCGUACAGAUAGCGAGCGCACAGCAUUGUUUGCACGUCUAGCGGUCAAGAGAAGAAAGGACCAAGAGGGCUUGAUGGAGCGCACCAAGCAGGCACGUGAGAACCAGGUCACAAUGUUCAGAAAGUACCGCUCUGGUGAGCUGCCUGAUAUCCAGAUCAAACUACAGGAGAUCCUGCGUCCAUUGCAAUCAAUCUGCCAAUUGGAGCCAACCCUGGGCGCGUCCAUCUUUGCCCUGCUCUUCACCACUAUCUACGAGCACUGUCCAAAGAACGACGCUGCACGCUUCAAGGUCAGCUGCAAGGACUCCAUCGCCAAGAUCAUUGGCGACAGUGGAUCGACCAACCCCUCACUCAUUUCCAGUUUGCUCAAGAUCGUCGAGAAGAACCUGGAGAUGGCGCCACCUGUGCCCGCCGUGGCCAAAGCAUCGGCAGCCAGUGGCAACCAUCCAAUGGGCAUCAUUGUGAUUGAGUCCCUGAUCCAAAACGCCCUGGCCACAUCCUCCAAGCAAGACGAAGCAACUCUGCAGGCAUGGGACAAUCUCCGCGACCUCUACCACGCACUCAAGGAAGAGGACAUUGUCCGUGGUCUCCUUGAGAAGCAGAUUGGCAGCGAUGAUGGAUACACACGACGCGCUCUACAGGCCGAGCUGCGCAACGACUGGGUAUCCGUACUCAAGUCCUACGAUGACGCUAUGGCUGCGCUCGAAUCUGGCGAGUUGGCAAAGGCCAAGAAGCAGCCCACACCUCGCGAGACCUCACUUUGGGAGAACGGCCGUCUGAACUGUUACGCCCACCUACGCGACUGGCCAGCACUACAGGCCAACUUCACUGCCUACUUCCCCAACGGCCCACAAGACGUGUUUGGCGAAGCGGACCGCGACCUGCUCAUGUGGCACUACCUGCAGUACAACCUCAAGGUCAAGGAAAACUGGCCAGCGCUCUACCAGUUCAUGUCGUCGCUCAAGCCCGACCAGCACUCCUACAUGGAGACCGAGUUCCCCGGCGAGCUCUCCUUCCUCGAGGUCACUCGCUCAGACUUCAACCGCUCUCAAUACUACGUGCAGCGCUUCUUUGGCGCGUUCCGUGAUCAAUGGGCAUCGACACACCCUCUGGCCGUCGCGUCCCGUCACACUCUCUUGCAACCCCUUCAAAAGAUCGUCGAGGUCGAGGAGUUCUUGAACCUGGUCUCCAGUAGCAACAACAGCAGCAAGGAGAAAGCACGUGGCAUUGACAUUGUUCAACUCGAGUCAUUGGUGGCGCAGUGGAAGCAUCGAUAUCCUUCGCUCAAGGAUGAUAUCCUGGUUUGGGACGACGUGGUCUCAUACCGCAGUGUGUUGCUCGAGAAGAUCUACGAGCGAUUCAUUGGACAGGACAAGAACGACCAGGUGGACGAGACCAAGAUCAAGAAUCUCCUGAUCCAGGAGCGCGCUGAACUCUACCAUCAGAUGUCCAAGGGCGCCAGGAAGCUGGGCAACAUCAUCGUCUCGGAAGCAUACUUCCGUCAGGCUGUCAAGUCAUACCCCAAGACCAAGGAGAACGACCUUGCCUUCCCGCUGGUCAGCUCCCUGAUCAAGAUCUAUUGUCUCAAGGCGCGCAACAGUCCCACGGCGCCCGAGACCCUGGACCGCUUUGUCAAAGCACUCAAGUUUGUCGAGAGCAAGGGCAAUGAGGAGACCAUCAAGGGCAACCCCGACAACCUUCAGCGAUACAAGAGACUGCAUGGUGAUAUCUUCUGGGAUCUGUGCCAGCUGGACAAACAGCUGGGCUCAGAGGCUGUGUUUGAUUGUCUCAAAAAGAACCAGAUCCAGGGCAUCCUGUCCACAUUGCCCGUCUCCAAGCUCACAAGCGAGUUGUUCUCAUCAGCCUACCACUGCUACAGCGAGUCGAUCAAGUUGCAUGCGGACAACAGGUCCAACAUCAAGUCCAAGAGUGCUCAGUUGCAAUUUGGAAACUUCUGUGACAAGGCACUGCAGCAGAAGGACCUCUCAUCCGACGAGGCUCAGAAGCUUGCGCUCACCGUAGUAACCUCCAUACUCAAUGCGAUUCGCGAGGAGAUACCAGGCGCUAUCGAGAAGUUCCCAAGACUACUGGAGCUCCUGGCACAGUUCGACAAGGCUGUCUCUGGCGAGUUCAAGAAGCAGAUCAAGACCAUCCCUGGCUGGAUGUUCAUUCGCUGGCAGAGCCAGAUGUUCCCCUAUCUCGACCUUCCCCAAGGCCCCUACAUCCUGCCCAUCCUGCAGGAAAUCUCCAAGCACUACCCACAAGCAAUCUUCUUCCCAUUCAAGAUUAGCAGCGAGCAAUUUGGACCGGCCGCCAAGAAGCUGGUGCAGUCCCUGGCGCAGACCUUGCACAACCCGUUGCUGGACACACUCGUGUGCGAGUUUGAGCGACUCACUCAUCCCGAGCAUCGCUUCAAGGAUCACAUGGAGGCCGUCAAGACAUUGCUCAAGGCCACGCCAAUCAACACAUCAGAGUUGAUCAAGCUCAAUACCUUGGUCUAUAAUGACUGCUUCAACCCAGCCACAGUCAGGGGCGACUACAACAUCAAGUUUGCCAAGGAGUGGGAGAAGCCCUACCUUGAUAGCUUUGGCAAGGAUGGCAGCAAACUGGUCAAGAUGGAUGCCAAGAGAUUGAUUGAGAUCGUCUCGGAUAUGUCGGCCAGGAUGAGCAAGGCCAUGAAGCCCUCGUCCACAGCCUCGAUGAAGCUCAAGGAGUUCAGUCAAUGGCUCACCGAGUUUGAUAGAGCAAGUCAGCUGACUGAGAUCGAGAUACCAGGCCAGUACACGGGCAAGGGCAAGCCACAACCUGAGCUACACAUCAAGGUGGCCUCAUUCGACCCCAACCUCUUGGUCAUGGGCUCGCUCAGAAAGCCCAAACGCAUCAAGAUACAUGGCAACAACGAACAGGACUAUCCCUUCCUGAUCAAGGGAGGUGAGGAUCUGCGACUAGACCAGAGAAUCCAACAACUGUUCUUUGUGAUGAAUGAGAUUCUCAAGCGAGACCCUGCCGCAUCCAAACGUGGACUCCAGGUGAUCACAUACCAGGUGGUGCCAAUGACAAGCAAGGUUGGUAUCAUCGAGUGGCUCAACGACACCAAGCCACUCAAGGAGAUUAUCGAGGACCAGUUCGCGGCGCACAACAAGGUCGACCGAUCCACCGUGUCCAUGUCGCGUAUGGAAGCGUCCAAGAUCCACAAUGAUUGGAUCAACACGUUUGCCAAGAGACUCAAGAUGGCCAACCCUCCUCCAGGCCCACUCUACCAACAGAUGUUCAUGCAUGGCACUCGCGACGAAUGCGUCAAGAAACAGAUCAAACAGCACGAAAAGGUACCGUCAGACCUGCUCCAGAGCGGCAUCUGGGCCAUCUCAUCGUCGCCCGAGUCAUACCUCUUCAUUAGGAAUUCAUUCGCACGAUCACUCGCCACAUUCAGCAUCUGCUCCUACAUCAUUGGAAUCGGUGAUAGACAUUUGGAGAACUUCCUGGUCAGCCAGAAGGACGGCAAGUUGAUUGGCAUUGACUUUGGUCACGCCUUUGGCACCGCCACACAGUUCCUGCCCAUUCCUGAACUCAUCCCAUUCCGUCUCACUCGCCAAUUCACCAGUUUCCUGGCGCCACUCGACUCUGUGGGUCUUCUCAAUCACAACAUGACCUACACACUCACAGCAUUGCAGAACAACAAGGACUUCCUGCUGAGCACGAUGGACGUGUUUGUGAAGGAGCCACUCAUCGAUUGGAUCAAGUUGGCCGGCCGUCUGGGCAAGGAACAGCGCGGCAAGGGCAGCGGCGCCGGAAAGACACCCGACGCCUGGUUCCCUGUGGAGAAGGUGCAGAUCGCCAAGCACAAGCUGGAGCGUUGGAACCCUGCCUACAUCACCAUGGAGGAGUUGUCCUCCUCAGUGCACAGCGGCCAAGUCUACGAGAAGCACGUCAAGGACAUUGUCAAGGGCGAUCCCAAGCACAAUGUGCGUGCCAAAGUGGACAAGAUAUGCGCCUCUGCCAAGGAGCAAGUGGACUGUCUAAUUGACCAGGCGACCGACCUCAACAUCCUCUCGAGGACAUGGGCUGGUUGGAGUUCUUGGAUCUAA